AUGAGUACACUGGACCGAUUUAUACGCGCUAAUAUAAAGCUCGUUCACUUCGAACAGGAGCUUACCGAUGCGUCCAUAGAGAACUCUUCAGUUUUUGCUCUCGAGGUUCAUCGAGAGGAGCUCAGGUCCAUUUGGGGCUCAGUUAAGUCUCUUUACGAGAAAUGUGUAGACGAAGUGGACCAAAAGGCCAAGAAAAAGGGCAAAGAUGGGACAGAUCCAUUAUCCUCUAGCGACGUCAGCGACGAGACUCAUAUGGAAAGCAUUAAUGCACGUUAUCAUGCAUCAUACGAAACGUAUGUUAAGAUAGUAUCAAAAAUCAGCGCUGGAAUACAUGACCGUGGCCGGAACACUUCUUCAUUACCUCCCUCACCCUUUUCAAUCACACCACACUCCAAUUUCCAUCUGCCUGCGUGUGAUACUGAAACGUUUUGUGGGGACUAUAAGUCCUGGCCUUCCUUUCGAGACAUGUUCUCGGCAAUUUAUGUCAAUAACUCCAGCCUAUCUAACGUCCAAAAGCUUUUUUAUUUAAUGAAGAAAACGGAAGGUGAAGCUCAUGACAUCGUGAUGAAAGGUCCUUUGACGAACAGUGGUUUCGACACGGCUUGGGCAAAUCUUGUAGAUAGAUUUGAGAACAAGCGAAUGCUAGUUCAUAGCCAGCUGCGCGUUUUGUUUAAUCUCUCCCCAGUCAAAUCCGAAAAUGGCGAGGAUAUAAAAUGCUUACAGAGAGACAUCAAUUCUUGUAUCUCAUCACUACAGAUGUACCAUAUUGAUAUCUCGAGUUGGGAUCCAAUCUUUGUUUAUAUCUGUUCGACAAAAUUGCCCCGCACAACUCUUUCCUUGUGGGAACAUUCAAUACAAAACAAAAAGGACAUUUCCAACUGGUCCGAUUUAAAUAAUUUUCUUUCCAGUAGGUUUCAGACUCUUGAGACUAUUUCUGAAAUCAAUUGCCAGUCGUCCUCACACGAUUCUAGACAAACUGGUUUGAGAAAAUCCAGUCAAAACGUUUCGAAACAAAUUAACUCCAACCACACUAACGUUUCUGCUACCCCAGCGAAACAUCUUUGUAACCUAUGCAGUUUAGAGACUCACAUUAUCCGCAAAUGCCCAAAAUUUAUUCAGAUGUGUCCAGAGGAGAGAUUAUCGUGCAUCAGGAAAUUGAAUUUGUGUUUGAAUUGCUUUGCUGGUGGCCAUAGUGUAAAGGAGUGUAAAAGCUCACACAACUGCUUUACAUGUAAGAAACGACACAACACGCUACUUCACCGUGAUGCAACCAUUCAAGUUGCGCAAUAUCCUAACACUAAUGCGCAUGCUGUGCUAACGGAUUUUGACCCAGAUACAUCCAUCAUACAGUCCACUUCUCUUAACCCAACUGAAACCUAUAACGCUGUUUCAGAAUCCGUAGCAUGUUCUCCGACCUCUUUAAACAGUGUUCAGUCAUGCUUUGCCUCGCACACCCGCAAUGUCCUUUUAGGUACAGCGUUGGUUCAAAUCAGGCAUUCAGGGUUGACAUACAUCGUUCGGGCUUUAAUAGACUCAGGUUCACAAGGAACUUUUCUGUCUGAGAAGAUAUUCCAUACGCUUAAAAUUCCAUUUCAACGCAUUGAUGCUGAAAUUACGGGCCUUAACGGCGUUCCUUCAGCCACCGUUAGGAAACUGGCAAAAUUUACAAUAAGUCCGCGUUUCGAUUCUCAACUGGAGAUGAACGUAACUGCGUUAGUAAUUCCCCAACUUUCAAGAGACCUUCCCUCUAGAUCGAUCAAUCCUUCAAUAUUAAACCUUUUUAACAAUAUAUUGCUUGAUGGAGUAAAACGUGAUAUUUGUGGGUCGCUGGUUGCUCAAGAGACUAUUUUUGGCUGGAUUGUGUCCGGUUCAGUCCAAAAUACGGAGAAUAUUUCCUCUUUUUCAUCUCUAGUUUCAUUUCUUUCUGAAAAAAGUUUGGAAAAAACGCUAAGACGUUUUUGGGAGGUGGAGAAUCUUCCUCGAAAGCAGCAUCUGUCCGAAGACGAUGAGUUUUGCGAGAAACUGUAUAAGGAAACCACAACUAGGGAUGAAAGUGGCAGAUUCACAGUUGGCCUUCCCUUCAAACACACAAUUUUGAAUUCAACAAUGCAAUUGGGACAGUCCAGGACCAUUGCAAAGGCACAGUUCUUGCGGAAUGAGUCUCGCUUAUUGAAGAAUCUGGAGCGAAAAAAUGAGUACGAUGCCGUAGUCGAAGAAUACCUGGAUUUAGGGCACAUGAAAAGCGUUCCAGCUCCCAUUCAUCAAAAUUAUCCGCAGCACUAUUACCUUCCACAUCAUUCAGUCGUUAAACCGGAGAGCACCACCACGAAAGUUCGAGUGGUAUUUAAUGCCUCCUGUCCGACUUCCUCCGGAGUAUCCUUGAACGAUAUCCUUCACACUGGACCUGCAUUACAGAAUGAUCUGGUCCUGCUUCUUCUUAGGUGGCGCUUUUAUCGCUUCGUCUUUUGUGCUGACAUUCAGAAGAUGUAUCGGCAAAUUAAAGUCCAUCCCAAAGACACUUGCUACCAAAGAAUUCUAUUUCGCAGGGAUCCGUGUGAGGAAAUAUCUGAUUAUGAGUUAACGACAGUAACAUUUGGCGUCAACGCAGCUCCUUAUCUGGCAAUAAGAACCCUCCUACAAUUGGCGGAAGAGUCCGAGAGGUCCCUUCCCAUUGCCAGUGAAAUUAUUAGGGAUUCCAUGUAUGUUGAUGAUGUUAUAGCUGGGAGCCAUCAUAUUCCUGACGCUCUCUCCGCAAGGACACAGUUGAUUAUCGCGAUGAGUUCGGCACAUUUUCCUCUGCGUAAGUGGGCAUCCAAUUGUAUUGAGAUCCUUGCGGGUUUACCGAAAGAUCAUCUUCUGAAAGAGGACUUUUUAAGCUUCGACGAUAGUAGCCACACUAAAACACUUGGUAUCAGAUGGAACGCCAAGUCAGAUAAUUUCUUCUUCAGGUGCAACGCAAUUUCAGACAAAUUAUCCUAUACAAAAAGGGAAGUGUUAUCGGAGAUUUCUAAAAUCUUCGAUCCAGCAGGCUGGCUAGCCCCCAUUAUAGUCCUGACCAAGAUACUCAUGCGAAAAAUUUGGUUGUCUAAUGUUGGUUGGGACGAAUCCAUUAAUUCCGAUUGGCUGCAUGACUGGAAACGUUUCCUUAGCAGUUAUUCAUUGAUAGACACCAUUCAAUUACCGAGAUGGCUCUCAUAUUCCCCUUCCUGUCAUGUUCAGUUCCAUGCCUUCUGCGAUGCAUCGGAGAAUGCAUAUGCGACAGUGAUAUACACCAGAAUUCUUCUGGAGGACGACUCCGUUUAUGUAGCACUAUUAACCUCCAAGUCCAAAGUUGCUCCAGUCAAUACGCUUUCCAUACCCCGUCUGGAACUCUGCGGAGCCACACUUUUAGCUGAGUUAGUUGAUUCUGUCAUUCCAUCCAUGCACCUUCCAAGCUAUGAAAUAUACAAGUGGACAGACUCUACUAUAGUCCUGGCAUGGCUUCGAAAGCCUUCAUGUUAUUGGAAAGUGUUUGUAGCGAACCGAGUAUCUACAAUUACCGAACUAGUUGGAAUCGACAAUUGGUUCCACGUUGAGUCUGAAUCGAAUCCAGCAGAUUUAGUUAGUAGGGGAGUCUACCCCGAAGAUCUAGUCGCCUGCAACCUUUGGUGGAAUGGACCGCAAUGGCUGCAGUUAUCGCCAGAAUUUUGGCCCGUAACCUCAGAUACCGCCAUGGAUACACAACUGGAACAGAAACCAAUAGCUGCCCAUAUUUCCAUACUGCCAGAAGAACCUGAUCUUCUGGAACGUUUUUCCUCUUUUAAUAGGGCAAUUCAGGUUCUCUGUUACAUUUUUCGUUUUUUCCAUCGGACACAUCCAAAUCACCGGCAGUGCAAACAAUUUACUUCAACACUUUUGACUGCCUCAGAAGUGACUCAUGUGAAAAGACGUCUUAUAACCUUAGCUCAAACCAGACACUUUCCUGAGAUUUUUAAAGCUAUAGAGAAAAAGUACAGUCGCUCCGAACAUGCUUCAACAUCUCAUCCAACGCACGCUAUGCUACCACAUCAAAGAAUUACUGUACUACCCACGGCUAUCAUUAAAAUUGCAUGGAAAAACCGCUUAUAUCCAGUAAGGGCACUUAUCGAUACGGGUUCUGCUGUAAGCCGUAUUGCAAAAGCCAUUGUGACAAAACACCACUUACUGACCAGCCGCAUGGGAGAGUCGGAAAUGUGCCAAAUUGUUUUUCGGGCUCAUUCUGGAAACACCACCAAGAUUUCAAUGUGCGCUCGUGUUGAUAACCGAAUCUCCAUGGUAACACCCAUCUCAACGUUGUCAAUGGCAUUCAAAGAAAAAUUUCUUAACUUGGUACUGGCAGACCCCGACUUUCUUGAAAGUAACCCGAUUUCAAUAGUCCUCGGGGCGGACAUCUACCCUAAGCUCAUACUCAGCGGUGUCAUACCCACCGGCGAGGGAUCUUUAAUGGCGCAAAACUCAACACUCGGAUGGCUAGUAUCUGGCACUUGUGCAGCAUAA